GGAUGAGGGUGAACAUCUACUGCUGCCUGAUAGCCUGGGCUCUGAGCUCUAAUGUCACAGCAGGUUUAACCCGUAAAGUAUUUAAGGAGAAGGAGAAUGCCAUCCUGCCCUGUCCUCACUCUGUGAAGGGUAAAGUGCUGUGGAGCAGGGAGAGUGAAGGAAGGAAAGUUGACAUACUUACAGCUGAUUGUGACGGAAACGAAAAACACAUCAAUGAUUCAGGCAGACGAUACAGUUCACAGGCAGAUAUGUCACUGAUCAUUCUCAAAGCUUCAGUCUCAGACUCAGGGAGAUACCUCUGUAACAAUGAAGCAGCUGUGGAGCUGACAGUGAUCCCAUCAGGAACAAUGAUACACAGUGUUGAAGAGAGGAGCAACAUCACUGUGAAAUGUUCUCAUGAUGUUGGAGAAUCAGGUGUUCGGAAAUGGAGCAAAGACAAUGCUGAAAUACAACAAGGAAGUAUUCAUGUUUCCACUGAGAACCAAACAUUGAUCAUAAUAGCAGCUGAGCUUGCUGACACUGGCCUGUACUACUGUGAUGGAAAACCAGCCGCUUAUCUGAAUGUGACCAAAGGAGGGAGAUCUGACAGAGAAAGGGAAACACAAAACCACACAUCACCUCCACCCCCACCCCCAACCAAGCAAACAACAACACCACAAACAACAGCUGCAGUAGAAAGUCCAGCUUCUGCUUCCCUGUGGCACAUACCUGUCCGUACAGUGAUUGGACUGCUCUGCUUAAUCAUCAUGAUCAGCAUCACUGUUGUUACCUGGAGAAAAGCUCUACAGAUACAGAAACAGAAGCAAAGUGCAGCAGAAGCAGGAAAUGAUCUCUGAUCCUCCAUCACACAGAAACAAGAGCAGUAACAGCUGGACUGGGAUCAGCAUUCAUCAUCAUCCAGUUACAGAGCAAACAGUCACGCAGCUGACCAUAACUGUGUUGUUCAUGACUCAUAUUGUAUAUCUGCAUCACGUGAUUUAUUUGAUAAAGGCUUCUGUGCUACUUUGGGUGACUGUCAAAUGCUGCUGUGUUGGGCUCAUUAGUCUGUUAAGUUUAUUUUAUCUUGCCCUGGAUG